UAUGGAGAAAGAUCAAUGGGUCCUGGAGAAUAGUCGAGCGGAACGAAGCGAAAAAGUUCCAGACUGGGGAAUCAAUGGUGAACAUAGCUCAGAUUGGGAAUCUCAAGUUCAUCAGGAGUCCGUGCCAACCCCGAACUGGAACUCUUGGUCUGCGAGUCCGAGUCGGGCGGAGAAAACAGCGACAAAGAGCACGGCGGACAUCAGUAUUGAAGAUGUGGAGGAGGAGUUCCCCUCUGACGACCGCCAAAUUUACUGUGUCACAUUCUUCAGCAAUCAAAUUCGAACAACUCUCACCCGCGCUGCCUCCGUCGUCGACGACUGGAUCGCUGACAUCCGUCGCGUUCACCAGGAGAGACUCGACCAGAAGCAGCUCGUCGUGGGGCUGGACAUCGAAUGGCGCCCAAGCUUCAGCCGCAGCGUCGAGCACAAUGUCGCCGUCUUGCAGCUAUGCGUUGAAGGCAAUUGUUUGAUAUUUCAACUCCUUUACGCCGAUCAGAUCCCAACUUCACUCAUCAAUUUCCUCAAGAAUCCGAGUUUGACAUUCGUUGGAGUUGGAAUCCAGGGGGACGUCGAGAAACUAUUGGAGGAUCAUGAACUGAACGUGGUAAACACUGUCGACCUUCGUUCCUUGGCUGCGAGGAGAUUGAGUAACCCGGAACUUCGAAAUUCAGGGUUGAAAGAACUGACAAGAGAGAUCCUUGGGAAAGAAAUAGGGAAGCCCAGGAAGGUGACGAUGAGUAGAUGGGAUGCAGAGUGGCUCACCUACGAUCAAGUUCAGUAUGCUUCCCUUGAUGCUUUCCUUUCUUUCCAGAUCGGAAAGAGUUUGAUUCUUGGUGGGUCUGGCUGAGCCAUCUGAGACUCUGGAUUCU